AUGCAGAGAGUGAGCUUGAAUCCUGAAGGUGAAGAUGCUCCUCCUCCUCUCGGUGACGUCUUCCCGUCUCUGCCCGGCAUCGCUGACAUCAUCUCCGCUAACAUCCCAUCUCUGGCUGGUGUCGCCGCCUCCAUCAGUGCCUCUGCCCCUUCUGCCCCCCCCUCCAUCAACACCAUAUCUGACAGCAUCUCCUCCCACAUACCGAGCUUAGCGGGAGCUGCUGCUACGUUAAGCCCCGCCUCCCCCACCUCACCUGUACCUGCUGUUAGCUUAGACAGCAUCUUUGGCUCGUUAGCUAACAUGCCCCUUUUAGCCGAUAUUGUUAGCGAUGUGGCUAACCCUGCUGUUAGCUCCACGACGGCCCCGUCUGCCCCGCCCCCCACAGGUGGUAAAUACCGCCCCCCCUCUCUGCCCAUCCACACAGAUGUUGGAGCACUGUCACAGCUGGUGAUGUCCACUUUAGACCAGACCUCAGGUGUCACAUUACCUCCACUACAGGGAGCUGCUGACUCAGCAGAGGAAGUUUUAAGCCCGUCUCCAAACACCAACAAAAAAGAGAAUCCUUACAUCACCGUGUUGGCAUGUUGGGAGAAUCAAGAGGAAGCUGACAGUGAGUCAUCCAAUGAGGAGGAAGACACAGGAGUAAGCCCCGCCCCCUCUGCAGCUGAAGGACCAAUAGAACGAGAUCAUCCUUCUAGCCCAUCUUCAGACACCAACAAUCCUUCAGAGCCAAUAAUCCCCACUCGACCGGCCCCGCCUCCUCCUCGUCCAGCUGGCCAAUCAGGAGCGCCGCGAAAACCUGCAAAACAAAAAACUCCGAGAGCGGCAACUAUUCGCGUGUCGAGGAAGAAGGGGAGCAAAGGGAGCAAAGGGAGUUCAGCUCCACAGAGCGCUGUGGUCCGCAGCAGCUGGUUGGAUGUCUGGAAAGGCUUCAGACACAAUGUUUUAUGGGCAACAUUGGACGGACAGCUGAUGUCUCUGUGGAAGAAAAGAACGGACCGUCUCAGUGAGGUGGUGUUUCAUGUCUCCAGCAUCACAAACGUGAAGAAACAAGAUAAACGAAGAUUUUCCAUUUACUUCAAGAAGAAACAUUACGACUUCAUGGCUCACAGCGACGAGGUUCAGGAGGGUUGGGUCACAUCUCUACUGGCAUGUCGAGGUCAGCCAAGCCCCGCCCCCCCAGAGCUGCACGGACCAAUCACCAUCAAGGACCCCCGUAGCCGUGGUUACGCGGCGGUGUGGGGUCACGACCUGUGGAUGUACCCCAGCAAGGACAGCUUCUCUCUGGGCAUCGCGUCCUGCUGCAUCCCCCUAAACCUGGCGUCCGUCAGAGCGUCUGGGAAGCAUUCCUUCAUCCUGACCUCCCCAUACCGGACCUACAGCCUGUCUGUGGACUCGUCUAAGGACCUGUCUGUGUGGUUGGACGUUCUGUCCUCGUCCAUCAGCAGCGCUCUGUCCUGCAGCCAGGUGGCGCUGCGUCUUUGGGAGAAUCCCGACAACAAGCUGUGUGGAGACUGUGGCUCCGCCCAGCCGGAAUGGGCGUCGGUCAACCUGCUGAUGGUCAUCUGUCACACCUGUGCAGGUCAGCACCGAGCGCUCGGAAGCAACCGCUCAAAGGUACGAAGUCUGAAGAUGGACAGCAAGGUGUGGACCGAACCAUUGGUACAGCUGUUUGUUGCCUACGGUAACCGGCUGGCCAAUCAGGUGUGGGCUCCUGUGGUGCCGCCGGCGGAGCAGCUGCGUCCGGAGGCGUCCGACGAGCAGAGGUCAAAGUUCAUCCAGGAUAAAUACAUCAGGGGGCUCUACAGGCGAGUCCACCCUCUGACCUCGUCCCCCCCUCUGAUGGACCAGAGGCUGCGAAAAGUCGUGUGUGGAGACGAUGUGGAAGAAACCAUGUCACUGAUCUGCUCGGGGGCCAAGGUGUGUCAGUCAGACCCUGAGAGCCCCUCCCCCAUCCUGCUGGCUGAGAAAGCCGGCCAGGCUCUGCAGACCGAACUGCUGAGACUCAACCAGUACAUAGAGGUCCCGCCUUACCUGCUCCAGUCAGCCAAUAGGAGCGAUGACCCCGCCCACUCAGGUGAGGAAGAGGAGGAGCUUCAUGGUAAACUGGAGGAAGAUCGUUUUCUCUUCUCGUUAGAAAACGAGUCAGCAGCGUGCGACGUUCUGGACCUGCGAGAAGUUCUGUCUGUGUUCAUCAACCACCAGGAGGCUCAUCAGUUUGAGAUCGUGACGUUGAGCGAUCAGCUGAUCUGUGAUGCUGUUGAUGAUGAAGUUCUGCUGAGUCACACCACUCACAUCCUGAAGGUGAUCCUGCCUGGGGGCGUGUCCUACGCGGAGGUGGGCGGGGCCUCUGCUGUCAGUAAGGUGUGUGUGGGCGGAGCCUCCAGUCUGUCUGAUGCCUGGCUGUUACUAUGGGAGGAAGGAGUCAGCAUCCACCCCCCCCACAGACACACACAGGGGGCUCUGAGGAUGGAACUGAGCACGCUCUGUCGCCAUGAAAUGGAUCCAUCUGAAAACACCAUCACCAUGGCAACAGCAGACAGGUGUGUGUCUCUGAGAUUUGAGGAGAAGCACAGCUGUCACACCUGGUUCCAACACCUGCAGAGAGCUCUGUCCAAUCAGAGCGCUGCACAGCAUCCCCCUGCAGCCAAUCACAGAGCAGCUCCUCAGCCUCUGUACCCACAGCUGGACGCCAGGUGCCGAGGAUCCAUCCCCCCCCCCAUCCACAUCUGUAUCUCACACAUCAACCAGCACGGUCUGAAGGUGGAGGGUGUGUACCGUCGCUGUGGUCUGGCCACUAAAGUGAGCCAAUUGGUGAAUGCUCUGAUGACAUCACCAGGCUCCGCCCCCCUGCAGAGUGAUGAGCAGGGCGUUUUGGACGCAGCCGCUGCCCUCAAACAAUAUGUCCGCCAGCAGGAGGCGCUGUUCCCCGAGAGAGACAGACAGGACUGCCUGCAGGCCGCCGUGAUUUCAGAUGAACGUUCCAGGUUUUCAGCCUAUCGACGGUUGCUACGGAAACUGCCUGACAACAACAGAGCAACGCUGAACGCUCUGUUCGGACACUUCUACAUGGUCCAGCUGUUCUCUCAGGUGAACAAGAUGUCGGCUCAGAAUCUGGCUGUGGUUCUGCUCCCGUCUCUGUUUCAGAGUCUGAACCAAGAUCUGCUGCGUCUGAUCCGAGAGUUCAUCAUCCACCACACGCUGCUGUUCCUGACCCUUAAGGCCUACCUGAGGGGGAUGAUCAUCUCCUUCAAUGGCAGUAUCCACAAAGCACGAAUAGCCAGACAAACAGAACUUUCUGAACUCAUCUCUGAGGUGGACAAAGCAGACCUGGCUAUCCCUACUGUGGAUGAAAAGCUAAGGGAAUCUUUGGAUAGCCCUGUUUCUUUAGAAGAGAUAACCAAAGCCAUUGCAUGUAUGCAGAGUGGGAAAUGUCCAGGCCCUGAUGGCUUUCCUACAGAAUUUUAUAAGAAGUGCUCAGCAAAGUUAACCGCCUUACUCAAAGCUGUGUUUGAUGAUAGUCUAGAUUCUCAAUGUCUUCCACCAACUCUACGCCAGGCAUCUAUAUCCCUUCUUCUUAAGAAAGACAAGAACCCCCACGAUUGUUCCUCUUACCGCCCAAUAAGCCUUCUCAAUGUAGAUGUGAAGAUACUGGCUAAAGUGCUGGCCCUCCGUCUUGAAUCGGUUUUGCCCACCAUUGUGUCAUCUGACCAAAAUCGUCUUGUCCUUAGAGUUCCAGUGUAUAAUUUCCUUGAGUAUCUCCCCGUGUACGACCAGCUGUUGAUCCGUGACCUAGAUUAUAGCCAGCCGAUUACCUUACGAUCUGGCCAAACAUGGAAUCAGAUCCGCACCGCGCUGAGGGCACAGGGACAGAAACUGUUUGAGCAAGACCAGCAGUUUGCCCGCCUUCAUCAUGACCUGGCCGAGGUCACCUCCCGCUCUGAGGAGCAGUGUGCUACAGUCUCGGCUCAACUCGCCCACGUCAUCGAUCAGCUUCAGAGACUGACAACCACCACCUCCGCUGCUCCUGACGAGCCUGAUCAGGCCAAUCUCCCUGAGCUCCGCUCCCUCAGACUGUCCAGCCCGGAACGCUUCUCCGGGGACUCAGGUGACUGCCGUCCAUUCCUCACCCAGUGCGAGCUCCAUUUUGAAUUUCAGGCUAAGGUCUUCCCCUCUGACAGAGCUAAGAUAGCGUUCAUCAUGUCUUACCUGUCCGGGAGAGCCAACGCCUGGGCCACCUCAGAAUGGAGUCGUGACUCAGCUGUGUGUUAUUCACUGCCCCUUUUCCUAGAGACUUUCAAACAGAUCUUCCAAUCUGCCACCCCCGGUCGAGAGGCAGCCAAGGCACUAGUCAGCAUUAAGCAGGGUAGACGGUCAGUCAUGGACUACGCCAUUGAGUUUCGUACCCUGGCUGCUGAUAGUGGCUGGAACCAGCCGGCCCUGGUAGAUGCUUUUCACCAGGGUUUGUCGGAACGUCUCAAGGACCAUCUCGCUCCCCUGGACCUCCCCUCCGAGCUCGACGCCUUGGUGUCCCUGGCUUCUCGGAUAGACCAGAGGCUCCUGGAACGCCAGCGAGGCAGACCAUCUCCUCCUCCCUACAGGCCACCUGCUCUCAGGUCCACGGAACUUCCCCUUUCCCCAGAAGACAACAUCGCGUCGACAACUCCUCCUGAGCCUAUGCAGAUUGGGCAGACCAGGCUGACCCCCGCUGAGAGGCAGCGCAGAUUCCUCGAGGGCCGGUGCAUCUACUGCGCUCAGUUGGGCCAUGUGAUAGCUCACUGUCCGGUUCGGGUUUCCAGGCCUUCCAAUGCUCCAACGUCUCUGGUGAGUGCUACACAGUUAGCUUCCCAAACACACCGCCAGCUAACUGACUUAGCACUCACCUCAGACACCACCUCCAUCUCGGUAAAGGCAUUAGUAGACUCUGGGGCUGACACAAACCUUAUGAGCUCCAAGCUAGCAGACCAGCUAGGUCUAGCGACUGUUCCCCUGGAGAAGCCCCUAUCUGCCACAGCCCUGGAUGGCAGGCUCAUUGUCUGGUCACACAUGAAACACCACCGGUUGCACUCACCUUUUCAGAUGGCCACUCUGCUCACCUUCCACCUGUUCCGCUCAGUCACUCACCCCCUUCCUUCUCGGCUCCCCUUGGCUGGUUAA